UGAUGUAAACAAACGGUGUUGUAACUCAGCUGCGCUCUAGUGUGCUGCUGACCGAAACACGCAAAUUACGCUCCCGCAAGAUUCACGCACUGGAAAACGGCGUUCGGUAGGCGGAAAACCAUGGCCACCCUUUUACCGAAGCCCGUCGAUCCGGAGGAGGCGGCCAAGCAGAACAGCGCCACCAAAACGGAGGGCAUAUUUUUCCCCGGCUCCGAUCUGGACGAGGUGGCCAAACAUUUCAUCGGUAACAUUCACCGCUAUCGGGAAAACAUCAUCAUACCGAAAAUGUACGGCGUGGUGCAGAUAAAAACCAACGAGGAAAAGCUGGUGGAAGCCGCCUUCGAGAGCUGUGCGUUCAAAUCGUUCAUGAGCUGCGUGCUCGGGUACGGGUUGGGCGCGGCCAUCGGUCUGUUCAGCUCGUCCGUCAAUCCGAGCAUUGCCGAUCCGAUGGCGGGCGAUAAGCAGCAGACGGCGAGGGAAAUUUUCCGCGAAAUGCGCGCAGCGACACACUCGUACGGCAAAAACUUUGCCGUCAUCGGGGCAGUGUUUGCAGCGGUCGAGUGCGCCAUCGAGUCGAAACGUGGCGUUUCCGACUGGAAGAAUGGUACCUACGCCGGAGCGGUGACGGGAGGAUUGAUUGGCUUAAGAGCGGGAGUCAAGGCUGGAAUAAUUGGAGCAGCGGGUUUCGCUGCGUUCUCCACGGUUAUAGAUUACUACAUGCGACACAGAUAAAUGCAUACCUGCACUGCUUGGCAAAAAAGCAAAUAUUUUUAAAAUGUUGUAGACGUUCAGGCAAAAUAGGCAUUACCCUGUAACGGAAAACGGAAUAAAAUAGAACCCUAUCGCUAGCCCGAAUCCACCAAGCAGUGAAUGAAAUUAUUAUUCAAUCAAAAGCAAGUGUGAGAGAGAAAAAAAAAACACAUUUCAUUCCAACUUUUGCCAUAAGUCAUCCGGCACACGUCAAGCAGCGGGAUGGAUCCGUUGGGAGAUACCCCAACACUAAACUUGAAAGCUGCUCGCCUCCCGCUGGACCACCGAACGCAUGCGCAGUAAUGCGGUGAAGGCAGAGCAGCAAAAAAAAAAUGAAAGAAAAAACCUGCUGGAGCGUUUUCCAGCGGCCCGCGUACACCAUCGUAGUGUGCCAUCUCUCGCCACGUUCAGUACGCAUGUGAGGUCGCUUAUCAACGCUUCUUACCAUUUUCAGUGCGCUGCAGAUUGCCAUUCUGCCAGUGGUAGUAGCAAGGCACAUCGGCACAGCUGGCCAGUAAACAGGCGCACGAGUAAACACAUAGGCAGGGCCAGCAUUUGGUGGAGCAAUUUUGGAAAGAAAAACGAGUGGAAAAUUUUGCAAAACGACGGCACAAACGCGGAGUACGGAAGGCAACAGUGCGUUCGCAGGUUGAUUACGGUCGGGUGGCCCAGUGUGUGUGUGUGUGUGUGCGUGUAAACGUAACAACGGGACCGGAGAGGAGGGGAGGGGGGGGAGGGCAGAAGCAAAGGUUGGAAGGUUUUUCACAAGUGUCCUUGAUUUUUCGAGUGGCAUGAAAUACGGCCCAGCUUCUCCAUUCGGUUGGGCGUAUGAAAAGCUGCUGCCACUAGCCUGCCUCGAUGUGUUUCACUUUCUUCCGGGGUAGUGUGCACUACGGUAAGCAGCGGCAACUUUAGCGCAUUGAUGAAUUAAACCAAGGAAAAGGAAGGUCGUGCGAGGCUUUGGUGGAAGCAGCAGCUGUGAGCAGAAAAGCUGUGUAGCAGUGUAUAUGUGUAUGUAUGUGUGUGUGUGUGCGGCAGUGUUACAGGAAAAACCCAACGUUCUGAGCGUAAAGAAUAAAAACACACACAAAUACACAUAAAGUUCUGUGCGAAGGUGAAGUUCACAGUGAAGCAGCAGCACCGACGAGCGUAACGAGCGGUGGGACCAGAGUGCGUAUCAUAUGGAUGUGGAUUGACGGGGGCAGUUUGUAAAUUUGGCCAAGUCCCCACCGCCUCCCAAUCAGACACCGAGAGCGGCUC